ACAUAUCUUGAUAACGAAUAAUUCUUUAAUGGUAGGGUAUAAACUAAUCGAUAAGACAAGAUGUAAAUACAAAAUAACACAUUUAAACGAAAGAAGAAAGAAUUGUAGAGCAGGAAAAGAAAAUGACAACAAUCACUGUAAUAAAUUAUCCAUGAGCAAAAGGAAUUGAAGCAUUACUUCAAAAUGGGUACUUCAAAUUCAAACGAAAGGAAGCAAGACGGACCACCAUUGAAAAAUGCACCAAAACCGUCGGUGAUAUUUACCAGUGAACAUCAAUUUGGAAAAGCAAGCACUCUGAAGACUAAACAAAUAAAGAAAGACGUUAUUGCUGCCAUUGAAAUUGGAUAUACACAUUCAGGAUAUGUAUUUUGUUUGGGUAAAAAGUUUGCGUUGGAGGGAGGAGGUCUGUAUUGUCCGAACUGGGAAGCAAGAGACAAAGGAGUAGUUACCUUCAAAACCUCCACUGCGAUUUUAUUGCGACCAAACAAAUCUAUCCAUAGUAUAGGUUACGAAGCAGAGGAACAUGUUAGCAGAAUUCAAGGUGAAUCAGAUUCUGGAAAAUGGUUCUUUUUCAAAAACUUCAUGAUAGAAUUUAACAAUCUCAAGGGUUCAGCUUAUGAAGAUUUCAAGAUAAAAGAUUUUUGCCAAGAAAAUGUUACAAUGAAAGCAGUGGAUGUGAUAUCUGGCUUCAUUAAGCAAAUGAAAGACAAACUGAUCAUUGAACUAGCAAGACGACAAUUAGGGUACACCGACAAUGAUAUAAAGUGGAUAUUAACAACACCUGGGUCUUUGGAACCCUCACAACUCAAAAUUAUGAACACCGCCGGUAUAAAGGCUGGUAUUAAACCAGAUCAGUUAACUUUUGUACAGGGACCCGAAGCCGAGCUAAAGUAUCAUCGAACAUUUACAAGUUCACCAUCUACAUUUGGCGAAGAACAGAUUGCGCCACUGCCACAAAACUUCAGAUCGCUAUUAGUACAUUUAGGAGGUGUAGCUAUUGACUUGACUGUGGUAGUGGUGAAUGAAGAGACAACAAAUAUCAUUGAGGAAAUUUUCAAUACAAAUGAAAGCGCAAAACAAGAGUUUAUUAGAUUUUUAAUACGAUUAUUUGGAGGGGACGUUUUGACGUAUUUAAAAGAUAAACAUCCAUUGCAGUACGCUGAAUUUCUAGAUAAUUUUGAAAAGAAACUGAAAUAUUUCGAGUCUGAUAAACAAGUGACUAUUCGUGUUCCUCCUAGAUGGUACGAUGCAUAUACAGUAUGCACAGGUAGCACACUGACUAAUACAAUAAAACAAACAGCAUUCAACAAAUCAGUGUCAUUUCAGAAUGAUAAAAUAAGGAUGAGUCCAGAGUUAUUUAGAAAGUUUUACGAAAAUGCUACAGAAUUUACUACUGAAAUGGUAGAAAAGACUUUAGCAAAGCAUUCAGCGACAGGAAUUGGCUUUCUAUUUCUAGCAGGUGAUCAUGUAGACGACAUGUUUGUAACUAAAUUAAAGAAACAAUAUCCGGGUCAUAGGAUUAUUGUUUCUAAGAAUCCAGAACUUGCUGUUCUGAAAGGAGCUGUUUUGUGUGAGAUAGUAGAAUAA